AAUGCUGGUGGGCUCCUCACUCCUCUCCACUUUCCCAUGCACUUUGGGUCCUCUCCUGUGCUUGCUCACAGACACCGAACACAGCCAGCAACCCCAGUGUACGGCGGCACUUUGGCACCACGGGACCCCCGAACUGCACCCCAAAAGCCAGGCUGGGGUCUAGGAGGGGUGACAAAGGGGGUGGUCUUGGUUCUUGGGGUGGGAGCCCAGCAUCUCCUAGGGCGCUGCUCCCUGCCUGCUCGUCCCCCGGUGACAUUUGGUGCUGUGAAUUGGGGGUCUUGGGGGAGGGAAGGGAGCUCAGCCCCGGCUUGUGUUGCCCAUCGUGCGGGCGGGGGGGGGAGAGGGGAGUGUCCGAGGAACCCCCCCGCUGCUGUGUGCACCGGGACACCCCUAACACACCCCACACCAACCCUCCUAAAGCCGCCCCCCGCCCCACAUCCCACCGACCCCGACCCCCGGCGGCAGCCCCCCGCGGCCGUGGGGGCGGUGCGCGUACUCACGGCGGGCGGGCGAGGAGGAGGAGGAGGAGGAGGAGGAGGAAGGAGAAGAAAAAGGGCAGGCAUCCCUCCCGGCGCACACCCCUCGCUUUUUUUUUUUUUUGGCAGGCUCUGAGCCACCUCUCGUGGCACGGCCGAGCCCACCCGUGGCCGCCGUCACGCGUGGGAGGGCGCCGGGGCUUUGGAGAGGGGGGGACGGGGGGGGCGCUCCCUCCUUAGCCCGGCGGCCGGCGCAGCGCGGCGCAGAGCGGCUCGGGGAGGCAGGAGGAGGAAGGCAGGAGGCUCCCGGCCCCCGUGCCGCCGAGAAGAAGCCGUGCGAAACCCGUCCCAGCCGUCGGGGAUCCUCCAGGGUCCCCUGGUAGGGCAGCGAGGAUGGCGAGGACCAUGAGACCCGACGACAUCAACCCCCGGACGGGGCUGGUGGUGGCUCUGGUCAGCGUCUUCCUGGUGUUCGGCUUCAUGUUCACCGUGUCCGGCAUCAAGGGGGAGACGCUGGGGGACAUCCCGCUGCUGGCCAUCGGGCCGGCCAUCUGCCUGCCGGGCAUCGCUGCCAUUGCGCUCACCAGGAAGACUGACGGCUGCACCAAGUGGCCCAAGAACAAGUGCCCGUGCUGCAAGCAAGGCAGGGACCGCGAUGUGAUGGAGCUGCUGAGGACGCCCUCGGACCUGGAGUCCGGCAAGGGGAGCUGCGACGAGCUGGCCAAGAAGGUGUACCACAAGGACCGCAGGGCACCGCGCACCGAGGACUCGGUGUCCAUCUGCACCACCACCACCACCACCACCACGGCGGGGGAGUGUAAGAGCCUCAUCAGGAAGGUGGACCAGGAGGAGAUGCUGAGAUACCUGGAGACCUGCUACCCGGAGAUGCCAGGGAACGUGUUUGUGGGAGACGGCUCCACGUACAGUGCCUUGGAGAAGACGAGCUCUUCUCCCACCAGGGACAGCGAUGCUUGCCCAGACGUUGAAGACAACAUUUUUGUUGCUCCUAAGGACAGCAUCAUCGUCUGCUCCUACAAGGAGAACAGCCCUUAUGACAGAUACUGUUGUUACAUAAACCCUACCGGAGUCGCCUCAGACCAGGAGACCAUAGUGUGAACAAUGCAUACUUUAUAUAUAUGUACGUAUUCAUACAAAAACUACAGCUCCAACUUCUUGAUAGGGGAUAAUAUAGCUGACUGCACUGCAUGGGACAAUCCUGAUACUAUUACAAUUUAACCUGGUAUGUGACUGAUACUCAAACCUUUUGUGCCUGAAAUACUCUUUCUGUAAGUAAACAAGCAUGUUUAAAGGUUAAAGAAUUCAAUUUUUCAUUUUGAGGGAAAAAAAAAAAUCCAUUAUAGUUUUACUUUCUCCCCUCCUCUCCCUUUUGUUUUCCUGCUGUCUGUGGUACACGAGCCCAUAGACACGCUGGCAGGAGGUCAGCUGGGAGCAGGAGCUGAGUCAAAACUCUGGAGCUGUCUGUAGGAAACUCUGUGGUGCUCUUGGUACAUCCUGUCAAUAGUGUCCCCUUGCUUUCGGGAGGGACUGAGAGGUGCCAGCAUGCCCUCAAACAGCUGACCGAUGUUAGGGAGCCUGGAAGCAUUUUUUCCCUUCCUUCUCCUUCCUGGCAGGAUUUUACUUUCCUGUUUCAAGGUGUCGAUGUGCCGACCCUGUGGGCUCUUCUGGAAGUCUCCUAGGAGCUAGAUGAGCUCGGGGGAGAUUUCAAAGACUAAGCUGUCAUCAGUGGCACGAAAGGUACAGGUUUUAGCUCUGUUCCUUACCAGUAUUGAGUUCACUGAGACGUGCAUAACACGUUUGGAUUUUCAAGGCAUACUUGACAAGGGGAUUACAACAUGAUCAUGACACAGUUCUUGCAGAUGUCAGUGGACUCAGGAUCUUAAAAAAAAAUGAUUCCAGUACUUUUUAGGGAAUAUUCCAGUACUUCUAGGGAAUAGACUUGCAUGGGUUUUGUUGAGAGCUGGAUCUGACUCUUUGGAAAAUGUCAUUUUCAUGUGCCUUUUCUAAACUGCCAGAUGUUUCUCUGCGGCUCAUGAGUGGUUACAGUUCACACAGGAGCUGAGGGAGCAGAGGACCUGGCUGGCAGAGCUUUUUGUUAACUACUUGUGGAUAUACAGCAUGAGACGUAUGAAGUGAGUAAUGAGGAUUAAUUCAAACUCUGAGCCUGCGGCUUACAUACAGCAAUGCAAAUCCUGCCUCUUCUCCCCAGCAGAAAAUUGCAUGUUCCAUGUAGUGUACAAAAUUUUAUCUGGCAGCUAUGUAGAUAAUAGAGACGCGACCUUGUGUGAUGUGUACGCUAAACAGCUACUCUAAGGGUUAAGCUCUUAGGGUCGUGGUUUCUAAAACAUGGAGUAAUUUGCUAGCAUCUCACAAAGUCUCAGUCCCUGUAACUCAACUCUCAGACCUACUUUGAAUAGUUCCUCUGUGACGGCAGUGUUUGUAACUGUUUUUACUUCACCUACUUUCGAUCGACCGUAAGUUGCAGCAGACAAACACUUUGAAUUAUCAGCAUAAGAAAGAAGACAGAGUCUUUCUCUUGUAGCACCCACAAAUACCGUGUAGAAAGUGGCAAAGAACUUUCCACUGAAAGGAGCCACUCUUUGCAGCCUGUGGAACUGAUGGGGAAGCGGAGGGCAACUUUACACGUCCCCUAGUUAUUUGCUUGGAAACUUGAUUGUUGUUGCCAACUUCUUAUAGACUAACAGACUCUGAAGAGGUUUUCAAAAGGGGGAAAUACAUUUUUUUUAUGGAAGGUUUCUUUUUGUCAGACCAAAUGAGAUGUUACAUUUCUGCUGUGGCCAAGCUUUAAUGGGACAUCUGAAGUCUAUUAGGAGAAGUUAAAAAAAAAAAAAAAAAAAGAUAAAAAAUGCUAUCUCGUCUGAGCCAGUUAAAGCCUCUUAAUAGGUGGUUACAGGGCAGCUUUGCUGCUCUGGAAUACAUUAACAGUGCUGUGGGAAUGAAAAAACUCUGUGCAACCCACGUUUCAUACACAGAGCAAAGGAAUUUCACAAAAAGAGACCAUCUACCAGAAGCGCCGAGCUCCCAUGUCCAGAUAAAAGCUCUCUGUCGUUGUCAGACAGGCUUUCUCCUGCAGGCUCAAUCGCUGCAGGAUUUUACUCUGCAACGUACAGAAGCAGCUCUUUGAUGGCAUGGGAAAAUCUUAUCUUGUAACCUCUGAAGUCAACAGCUGAGCUGCUGCUCAGGUACAUGAUUAGGAAUGGGGUCUUUAAUCUCUUUCUGUUGCUAGGGGACACAGGUGAGGAUCUCACCCAGCCCCUGGAGAUCAGACCCACCGAGGGGAAGCAUGCUGCCAGGUAGCUGAAUGCUGCCUUUGCCAGGGCUGUGAGCAAUCCUUUAGCAUUGCAUAAUAGAGCAAAGCAUCAGCCCGCUGGGAGCCUAGAUUUGUACAGUUCUGCAAAUAUAUAUAGGAAGAGGUCAAGUUUUUUUUUGUUUUUUUUUUUUUUUUUUUCCAUUUUGUCUAGGAUUAGAUGUUCUCUGUCAAAAGUUAUAUGGGGUUUUGCAAGGCAAGACAGCAAACCCUAGUGACAAAUGGAACAGUAAAUACAUAACUUGAGAUGCUGCCGUGCAGAUCUGAGGCAUCUGCUUUAUUUCCUUUCUGAAUCUAAAACCUAAAGAAAAUCUGUAUUAAACCCAAGUUUAUUGGAAACAAAAUUUUCCCUCAACAUAGAGACAGACAUAAAAAAUGUACGUUUAGAGCAUAUUUAUACGCAAUGUCUUUCCUCCAUUGAAUUAGCUGAGGUACGACUUUACAACAAAAUAUAACUUUGAGCAAUGUUUCUAGGCUAAUCCAGCAUAAUUCACUACAGGGCUUUUUUCUGAACAUGUGAGAGUUUGAAGUUAAAUAAAUAUAGUUGUACUGCCUCUGAAAUCCCAAUCUCUAUGAUUUUUUCCUUUCUUUUCUGCUAGCUAAGCAGAGAAUGAAAUGGUAAUUGAUGAAUUUGGCCAUUUAAAACCAAAGCUUUUUUUUUCCCCCCCACAAAGUGAGCAUUUUUCAUACACUAUAGUUUUGCCAGUAAAAAUCCACUGCUUAUUUGAUCAAAGACAGCAUGACAGCAGCCUCAGGGUUUUUAUGCAGAUAACAUGUCCAGGCCUGAGAAUUAUUGAGGAUUUAUUUUCAUUCAGCUCAUGUGCUCUCUUCUGAUGGCUGCUAGAACUUGUAGGGCCAGUGCUGAUCCUGGAACAAGCAGCAAUAAUUAUGUUGCUUUUCAGAGGCAGCUGCUGCUUGUCCUGAAUCUGAAAUUGGCUCCAGGAUACCACAGUUUUGGGUGCGAUUCCAAGCCAUGACCUGGCGAUGAGAGCUGCUUUCUAUCCUUGCUAACUUUAUAAUUUCUCUGGGUUUAAAUUCUCCCCUCAGUGCUGUUCUCCAAAGAAGGCACUUGUAGUGGAGCUCUGUUUGUGGUCCUGUUGAGGUCAAUGGCUGCACAUUGCUUGGUCUUACCCUAGGGCAUAUUUUAGCAUUUAAGGAAAGACAGUGAUUUAGACACUCCGAGGUUCCUAAAAUAUAUAAUUAAGUCGGUUUUAGACUAGAAGUUAUCAUAGUGCUACAGUGGAGUUUACCUUCUUUUAAGAAACCAUGUGACAAAUCAGCUGUAUUCAGGACAGUUUUGUCCUGCCUUGUUUCGAUAUCCAUGGGCAGAAGUAGCAUUUUUACAGCCAUAUGAGCUGAUCAUUGCAAAGCCUUUAGCAGGAAAUUGGGAUUUUUAAUCAGCGUGUGGCUUGUCCCUCUUGAGAAGUAAACAAUAGCUGGUGCUUUCUGACCAGAACCAAGUGAGUGGGAGGUGAGCAUCCCUCAGGACCAGUGUUUCAUUCCUGAUCUGAGUUGAGCAGAAAUUGCCUUCCCACAGGCAGUUUUUCCUCCCCAUCUGAUGAAAACUGACUGCAGUCCCAGCUCCAGCGAGCAUUUAUCACGUUGCAAUUAGCAGAGUAACAGGCACUAUGACCCCCUCUCUGCAGAUCUGAUACAUGACAGGACUGUUUGCAGGGAGAGCUCCUGCUCUUGACCAGAGUGGUAGAAUCUCAGCCCGCAGCAUCGACCCAAUGUAAGAGACAUCUACUAAAUCAUAAGUGCUUGCAGCACAGGCCUAGGAUUUUGCAUCUCUGUGUGUGUGAAUGAACGCCUUUCAUUCUAAAGAUGCUGUAGACAUGGGUUAAGGAGGGGCGGCUGUCACCCCUCAAAAUCUCAGCCUGAUUUUCACAAGCAUUUAGGAACUAUCUAUUCAUUUGCAGAGCACAGCCUGCACUCAGACACUGGACUCUCAACAUGUUGCCAGUAAAUACAUCAUGCUGGAGAAUGCAGUUUGGACAAGGAGCAAUUUUCUGAAUCCUGAAAGGUUUCUAUGUAAAUACUGUUAUCAAUAGUAUUAAAAUGUUUAGUUUUUUUUUCUUGAUAUGUAGGCUAGAGCAAUUUUCUUGACACAUUCUUGACACACAGCAUGGGGCAUCGGCUGCAAAGCAGCUUUGCUGAGCCUGUUUGUAACCUGCAGCCAGUCCAAACGUGAUGCUUGCUGGGACAACUAGGUACGUUUGUUACUUGUCUGGUGUUAUCAGCACUUUUAUGUCUUGUGUUCUCAAGCAACGCAGAGACCAAGUCUAGAGUUCACUUAUAAUGCUUUCUGGCAAACUUUCAUCAGUAAACAUUGCCUUUAGUUUAUCAGUCCUCUCAGAGGAGGAAUGUCAGACCCCGUAUUUCUUUACCAGAGAGGAAGGUCCAGCUAUCACUGCUUUUUAAACCAUUUGCCACUUUCUCUUGAGAAUAGUUGCGAGGACCUUUCCUGACUAUCCUAUUGUCAGAUGCCUGCAGAGAGGUUUAUUCUCAUUUCUUAGAAACACUGCAUCAUGCAUAGGUGUACAUAUGUCAACCACUUGUUUGCAAGAGCAGGUAACAGGAUGCACAGAGAUAAAUCCAUUUGAGAUCUACACACGGGACCCCCAGUCUUUCAGACAGCUCACAUCAAUUUUCUGCCUCUACCCUAUUGCUGCUAUCCUGAAAGUUUGAAAAUCAUAUUCUUUACAAUAAGAGAAUCUUUCAAAAAAUCCCUAUAUUGUGGCUCUUUAAGGACAUAGUUCUUCCAGCAGGAUACGGAUUUUGAAUGUCCCAGUACCAUGUUUUAUCAUAGCCCCUUUGAAAUUGUGGCAUCAUUACCAGUAGAAAAUUCAGAUUUUCUACUCUUUUGCAUCCAGCAAUUCCCCAAAUCCUUGGUAAAAGCCUUGAGCCCUUGGUUAGUUCCGCUAGAUUUAGUAUUAGAAUCUUUUCAACAUACAGUUUCAUUACUUAGGGAAUGGAAAAGGGGUGAACAUUUUGAAAAUCUGACUCUGUACCUUAAAAAAAAAAAAAAAAAGAAAAAAAAAUAUUCUUGAAAGCAGAAGAGACCAAAAAGGUUUCACAGACAGUAUUGCAUUACUGAGCUAUAUUCUAGUCCCAUAAAAAAUACGUCUAAUGCAUGUAGCAGGGGUCUGAUGCCAGGAAUGCCAAUUUGUCUUCAGAUCUCAUCAAACCACAUUUACACAUGAUUGUAUUUGACCAUGAAAUGCAGCGAUAACCAUUACCAAUUGUGCCCAAUCAAGCACAAAAGGAGGCAAUGACAGUAGCUUUGUUUUUAACAUUCACUGGCUAGGAAGAACCUGUUCCCUUGCCGCAGAAAUACAAGGUAAAAUUCCAAAAGGUGUUAAAAGUAAAAAAAAAACGUAGAGCUUCAAGGUCAAACUCAGUGAAAUAUAGAAACUGUUAAAUCCAACACUACAAGUUAGUUUCAAAAAGGGUACAUAUGUGCAUAAGAACUAGGGCAGUGCAAAAAUGGGGUAAAAAUACAGAAGGUGGUGUAGCAUGGUUCCCUUACUGUCCGAACCAGAGGGCUGUGAUUAGUAUGUUAUGGGACUCUAAAUGACACCAUAUGGACUUGUGUAUGCUCAUUGGAAGUUUUAAUUAUCAGGGUUCCCACACCACCAAAAAAAAAAUAUCUCACAUUUCAAAAUUAUUACUUCAUACCUCUAUAUCAGAAAGUGCAUUUUUAAUAGGUUUUAAAUUAGGAAGGGAGGGAAUUUUCCCCCACUUUCCCUGGAGAGAACAUUCAGUUGCAAAUGAUUUUAUCUUUGUAUUCCUUGCUAGAAUGUAAUAAUGUUUAAUCCAGUGUUUUGUACUGCCUGGUGUGAGGUAGGGCACAAUCGAGACAGGAGUUAGGAAGACAGAGUACUCAUUAUCCGAAAAGCAGAUGUUAGCCAGCUGGAGAAUAAUCAGAAUAAACUUGUAUAGCUUUGCCUUUUUACUGCUUUGAAAGGACAGCCCCAGAAAGACACUCUUUAAAAACCAAAGACUUAACUAUGGAGGUCAGUUGAGAUGGAAGGGCUAUUAAUUACUAUCGGGGAUCUAAGUGGGGUGGGAGAGAGAGACGACUACCUGCUCUGCGUCCUGGGGAACCUCAUGCCAAUCUCUUCCUCAGACCCGACCUUCAAGACACUACACAGUCGCUGACUCCAUCGUUAGGCUCAGCACUCAUACUAUGCCCUUGUACUGUUUUUCAUUCCACCUGAUUUCCUUUUAUUUUCUUUAAACAAACCGAUGUUUCUGAUCUCACUUCAUAGCUGUAGGAAGAAGCAGACAGCUUUUCUGUUUACGCUAAAAGGAGCAUGGAACUGGAGAUAUCUGCAAAUAUCAAUAGCAAACUAAAAAAAAAGAUAUUUGCUGGGGAUAAAGACUAAUUUUUCAGUGGCAAAACACAGUCUCUUUCCAAUGUAAAUGGUUUGAAAAAAAGUCUAGGAAGUUUUACACCUUUAAAUACAUCAACCAUUUUUUUUAACUUGUUGCAACUUUUUUAAAUGUUGUGGUUGUUCAAUCUAUUCCUCAACAUUCAAAAUGAAAAAAAAAAGUGAUGGUUUAUCAAUCCAAUUAAAGACUUUCUU